GGCGGGAGGGUAGAGCUCGGAGCCUGCGGGCGGCGAGCGCCGCGCUUACCUCGCAGUCCUCGUACUUGAUAUUAUCCGUCAGUUUCCAAAGCAUUUUCAUGGAUCGGCGUGAAUGGAUUCGCCCCCUCUCCGCCUUGCACCCAAGUGGAGCCACUCUCUGGCUCUUUACCAACCGCCUAAUCGCCUCAUUAGCAUAUCAACAAUAGUCCAAUUGCUCGCCUGCACCGCAGUCCGCGGCCGGCCGCUCCGACGCAGGUAUAAAGGCCUCUCCGAGCCGCGAACUUGCUCCGAGAGCGCACACCGGCCUGCGAGCAGACGGAAUCACACCCCGAGACCAGCCGCCCCAGGCGCCCCCGUUCCCCCGCCCCCUCCGACCCCACUCCUCUUCCUCCCGGGAGAUGUCCUCUGCAACGACUCGGCCUGCGCGGGUCCCAGCGGCCGCGCCUGGGGCCCGGCUUUCAGCACCUUUCCCCCACCCCUGCCGCCACUAACCGCGCUGUCCUUUCAGGCCCGACGAAUUUUAUUGGAAAUUAUUAUCCCUUUAGCAGUUAAAUAUAAUCACCAAACCACGACUGGCAAAGUCACUUCAGGAUUUUUGCCCAACAAGAGAUCGCCUCCGCUUGCGGAAGCCGCCACCUCGGGCCGCAGCGCCUUGGGAGUUUUAUUGGCUUUGCGCUUCCCGCCAAGGUUGGAGAUUUUGCCAGACAACUCCAGUCGUUCGACUGGGGCUUGUGAUCCUUUAAUUGCCGCGUGUAAAAUAAAAAUUGUACCCUAAAGAGGUUAUUUGACAGCUCCAGGGGUUAAAUGAUUUUCCUCUCGUCUUGUAUGAAGCUACGACCGACUGAAAAUUCAACGUGGUGUUGGGGCUAAGGGUUUCUUAGGUACUAAUGUGGACAAAAACAUAGAACUUCUAUGGAGACUUACAGUCAGUUCUGGAGCUGAGCCGAAAUGCCGACAUGUGUGCGCCAUGUCA